AUGGCGCCUCGCAAAAUCAAGGUUGCAAACCCCGUAGUGGAGAUGGAUGGAGACGAGAUGACUCGCAUCAUCUGGCACAAGAUCAGGGAAGAGAUUAUCCUGCCAUAUGUGGACUUGGACAUCAAAUACUACGAUCUCAGCAUCGAGAACCGAGAUGCUACCGAGGACCGAGUGACAGUAGAGGCUGCCGAGGCGACAAAGAAGUACAGCGUGGCCAUCAAGUGCGCUACUAUCACACCCGAUGAAGCUCGGGUAAAGGAAUUCAACCUGAAGAAGAUGUGGCUCUCGCCUAACGGCACGAUUCGCAACAUCUUGGGAGGCACAGUGUUCCGCGAACCCAUCGUCUUGGAAAAGAUUCCGCGACCUGUUCCAGGCUGGACCAAGCCGAUCUGCAUCGGCAGACACGCAUUUGGAGAUCAGUACAGGUGUCAAAACUUUGCGGUGGACAAGCCUGGAAAGUUCACAAUGACCUUCAAAGCGGAGGAUGGUGAGGAAAAGACGUGGGACAUUUUCAACUUUCCAGAAAAGGGGGGUGUGGGUCUGGCCAUGUACAACACGACGGACUCGAUCGAGGGUUUUGCGCACGCCAGCUUCAAGAUGGCCCUCGAUAAGGGAAUGCCCCUGUACAUGAGCACCAAGAACACUAUUCUAAAGGCAUAUGAUGGCAGGUUCAAGGACAUCUUCGAAGAUAUCUACCAGAAGCACUACAAGAGUCAAUUUGAGAAAAAGAAGCUCUGGUACGAGCACAGACUUAUCGAUGACAUGGUUGCGCAGGCCAUCAAGGGUGAAGGAGGAUUCGUCUGGGCCUGCAAGAACUACGACGGAGACGUCCAAUCGGACAUUUUGGCGCAGGGCUUUGGCUCUUUGGGUAUGAUGACUUCCGAGCUCAUCACGCCAGACGGAAAGACAAUGGAGUCGGAAGCUGCGCACGGAACGGUGACCCGUCACUACCGAGAGCAUCAAAAGGGCAACGAGACGUCGACAAACAGCGUGGCAAGCAUCUACGCUUGGACCAGAGGGUUGCUCUUCAGAGGCAAGUUGGAUGGUAAUCAGGAGCUCAUCACUUUUGCCAAGAGCUUGGAGGCCGCUUGCGUAGAGGCCAUUGACAGGGACGGCGUCAUGACCAAGGAUCUCGCUCUCGCCAUUCAUGGCAAAAAGAUGGAGAGAAAACAUUACGUCACUACAACCGAAUUCUUGGACCAUGUGCGCAACAAGAUGGCAAGCAAGCUCAAGGAGCAGGGAAUCGAAGCUGGUAAGCUUUGA